UUUAAUGAUUUGCAAAUUAAUUAUGUGGAAAUGAUGAUUUUACGAGUUUGUGUUUUGAAUUGAAGAAAUUGAGGGAUUUCAAUUUUGAGGAAAAUGUAAAUGUAUGUAUCAUCUAUAAAAAUACAGCGAUAAACCAAUAAUGGACAACCAUAACAACGGUGAUUUCGAUACAUCUUUAUCAAGUGUAUCAAGUAUUGAUUCCACAAUGAUUAUCGAUAGUACAUCAGAAACGAAUCAAGAUCAAAAAAAUAAUAUAUUCACAUAUUAUUACACAUCAUCAACAGCAGCCAAUCACAAUCAAGAUAAUUUAUUUAUAAAUACAUCAUCAUUAACAAAUCUAAAUAAUAAACAAAAUAGUAAUAACAAUAACAAUAGUAGAUCGAUAAGUGAUAGUAAUAAUGUUAUUGUAAAUUUAGAUAAACAUAAAAAUAACAAUAAUAAUAAUAAUAGUAAUAACAAUAAUAAUGAAACAACGAAAUUAAUAAGUUUUUCAUUAUUAUCACCAAAUAAUAGCAGUCAUAACAAUAACAGUAAUAGUGAUUUAUGUAUAAAAAGUGAUAUCAGUUUUUCCGCUGAACAAGUACAAUGUAUGUGUGAAGCGUUACAGCAGCGUGGUGAUAUUGAACGUUUAGCAACAUUUUUAUGGAGUUUACCACCGUGUGAACUGUUACGUGGCAAUGAAAGUGUUUUAAGGGCACGAGCGAAUGUUGCAUUUCAUCGGGGUGUUUAUCAUGAAUUAUAUGCGAUAUUAGAAUCACAUGCAUUUAGUAUAAAUUAUCACAAUGAAUUACAAGCGUUAUGGUUUAAGGCACAUUAUUCAGAAGUGGAAAAAGUACGUGGUCGACCGCUUGGUGCUGUAGAUAAAUAUCGUAUACGUAAAAAAUAUCCAUUGCCAAAGACAAUAUGGGAUGGCGAAGAGACUGUCUAUUGUUUUAAGGAACGUAGUCGAUCCGCAUUAAAAGAAUGUUAUGCACGUAAUCGUUAUCCAACACCAGAUGAUAAACGUGCAUUAGCAAAACGUACUGGUCUAACAUUAACACAAGUAUCAAAUUGGUUUAAAAAUCGUAGACAACGUGAUCGAACACCUCAACAGCCGCCGGGUAGAACGGAUUUAAUGUUACCAAAUAUGACUCUAGGCAAUAAUCCAUUAGAUAUGUCUGCAUUACAACAAGCUGCAAGUCGACUAUUCGAACCAAAUUCACAUGUUGUCAGCUAUUUACCUGAUUAUAAUCAAAUAUAA